AUGAGAUCUAACGAAGAAGAAGCGAGAAGAGCAAUGGAACUCGCAGACAAGAAACUCUCAGAGAAUGAUUACUACGGAGCAAAACAAUUCAUCAACCAGGCACAGAAUCUGUAUCCAAAGCUCGAUGGUUUGAAACAAGUGUCGAUGAUAAUCAACGUUUAUAUCUCUUCUGCAACAAACGGAAAAAAAGAAUCUGAUUGGUAUGGGAUUCUCGGCGUAGAUCGUUUAGCCGAUGACGAAACCGUCAAGAAACAGUACAAGAAGCUAGCUCUCUUGCUUCAUCCGGACAAGAACAAGUUCAAUGGAGCCGAAGGCGCGUUUAAAUUGAUCUUAGAAGCUUCGUGUCAGUUGUCUUAUCACCCUGAGCCUAAGCCUAAGCCUAAGCCUAAGCCUAAGCCUAAGCCUAAGCCUAAGCCUAAGCCUAAGCCUCAGCCUAAGCCUAACCCAAAGUUCGAACCUACCUUUUGGACAAUGUGCAAUAGAUGCAAGACAUAUUGUGAAUAUGUGAGGGCUAAUUAUGUCAACCAGACCUUGUCUUGUCCAAACUGCGGUCAAGAUUUCGUUGCGGCCGAGAUAAUUCCAGAGACCAUCAAUGGGAGGCCAGGCAUCAGAAUGAGUUCAUCUUCUGAUACCUCUUACUCAACUUCGGCAAAGGCUGAAAACCAAGCACACAAAAGAGUGAAAAGAUGGUAUGAGCCGAAUCUUGAGUCUGAUUCUCUAUCAAGAAAGGAGAAAGUCAAUACCUUUUGCUUUUGGACAGUGUGCAAUCGAUGCAAGACGUAUUGUAGAUUUGUGAGAGCUAAUUAUCUUAACAAGACAUUGCCUUGUCCAAACUGUGGUCAAGAUUUUGUUACGACCGAAAUCAUUCCAGAGAUAAUCAGUGGGAAACCAGUUAUCAGAUGUACCAGUUUUCAAGAAACAAGAAAAAGCAGAACUAAUGCUUCUUCUUCAAAGUCGUCGUCUAAUAGUGGAAAGGCUGCAAAUCAAGCUAAAGGAGUGAAAGAAUGGUUCGAGGAGUAA